AUGCACGCCUCCACGCUUCCGCACCUCCUCGCCUACGCGCCUCGUCGCUUCCGCACCUCCUCACAUCUGUGCCUCCUCGCUUCCGAACCGAUUCGUCUCCACGCCUCCCCGCUUCCGCACCUCCUCGCAUCCGCGCCUCCUCGCCUCCGAACCGCCUCGUCUCCACGCCUCCACGCUUCCGCACCUCCUCGCCCACGCGCCUCGUCGCUUCCGCACCUCCUCGCAUCCGCGCCUCAUCGCCUCUGCACUUCCUCGCCUCCACGCCGCCUCCAGCUGCGGCACCUCCUCGCCUCCGCACUCGCCACGCUUCCGCGCCACCACGCCUCCGCGCAUCCUCGUUACCGCGCUGCCACGCCUCCGCGCCUCCUCCUUUCCGCGCCUCCUCGCGGUAGCGCCACCUCCCCACCUCGCCUCCGCGCCUCUUCGCAGGAGCGCCACCUUGCCUCCUCGCCUCCGUACCUCCUCGCUUCCACGCCAAGUUUCCACCCCGCCAGCACGCCACCGCACCAGGGUGCCCUUCCCCACCGGGGUGCACGAGCAGCUGCAGAACCGACCCUCGCAUCCUCGCCACCACGCCUCCUUGCCUCUCUGCCUCCUCGCCUCUAUACCUCCUCGCCUCUCUGCCUCCUCGCAUCUCUGCCUCCUCGCCUCCACGCCUCCUCGCCUCUCUACCUCCACGCCUCCAAGCCUCCUCGUCUCCGCUCCUUACCAUUUUUCCUCCCCCUCAUCUUGCCCUCCCCUGACCCCUGCAGCCUCACACACUCAACGCACCGGUCCUCCCACCAGCGCUUCUCCCACCACUCAGCCCUCCCGUACAUAUAUCGCGAAUGGAAACCUGACGCCACUACUGGAACGCCUCUACUCUCACGCCUCUGUCACGCCUCUACACUCACGCCUCUACACUCACGCCUCUACUCUCACGCCUCUACUCUCACGCCUCUACUCUCACGCCUCUGCUCUGACCCCUCUGCUCUGACCCCUCUACUCUCGCGCCUCUACUCUCACGCCUCUACUCUCACCCCUCUACUCUCACGCCUCUACACUCACGCCUCUACUCUCACCCCUCUACUCUCACGCAUCUACUCUCACCCCUCUACUCUCACCCCUCUACUCUCACGCCUCUACUCUCACGCCUCUACUCUCACCCCUCUACUCUCACGCCUCUACUCUCAUGCCUCUACUCUCAUGCCUCUACUCUCACGCCUCUACUCUCACGCCUCUACUCUCACCCCUCUACUCUCACCCCUCUACUCUCACGCCUCUACUCUCACGCCUCUACUCUCACGCCUCUACUCUCACCCUUCUACUCUCACCCCUCUACUCUCACGCCUCUACUCUCACACCUCUACUCUCACGCCUCUACUCUCACCCCUCUACUCUCACCCCUCUACUCUCACGCCUCUACUCUCAUGCCUCUACUCUCACGCCUCUACUCUCAUGCCUCUACUCUCACCCCUCUACUCUCACGCCUCUACUCUCAUGCCUCUGCUCUCACCCUUCUACUCUCACCCCUCUACUCUCACGCCUCUACUCUCACGCCUCUACUCUCACCCCUCUACUCUCACGCCUCUACUCUCAUGCCUCUACUCUCACGCCUCUACUCUCACGCCUCUACUCUCACCCCUCUACUCUCACGCCUCUACUCUCAUGCCUCUACUCUCACGCCUCUACUCUCACCCUUCUACUCUCACGCCUCUACUCUCACACCUCUACUCUCACGCCUCUACUCUCACCCCUCUACUCUCACCCCUCAACUCUCACGCCUCUACUCUCAUGCCUCUACUCUCACGCCUCUACUCUCAUGCCUCUACUCUCACCCCUCUACUCUCACGCCUCUACUCUCACGCCUCUACUCUCACGCCUCUACUCUCACCCUUCUAUUCUCACCCCUCUACUCUCACGCCUCUACUCUCACGCCUCUACUCUCACCCCUCUACUCUCACCCCUCUACUCUUGCCGGUCGCUCUCAUCUGUGACCUCACCUCUUCCUCAUUACUCUCCCAUCCUUACUGCAGGUGCUCCGCCCUGACCCUUGUUCCUCCUCCCGGUGGAGGCGAAGCAGCGGCAGCAGUCCGAGCAGGGAUGAUUCUGAAUGAUGGACCAAGCGCUGCAGCUGCUGCCCUCUGCGGUGCGUCCCUCCUGCAUUCUAGCAUGUGCGCCGAGUGUUAG